AUGGUCCUUUUACUGUUCCUCUUCUUCGACCUCACUCUCGGUACGUCCUUGUGUUCCAAUUUGAAAAGUUCCAAAAGUCUGAUAUUUCAUAUCCUUGUGUUAUCCUUUGCUUGUUAAAAGUGUCCUAUCACAACAAUUUUGACCAUUUUACUUCUCAAGCCUUUUCAUGAACAUUUACGGUAAAAUGUAAAUGAUUUACCGUCAAUGAAUAAGUUGAUUCACAACCGAAAUCUUUCUUUUUUCACUCCAUACAGCUUAUCGAACCCAGGAAAAAUUUAUAUUUCAAUUUUUUUUGACAAUUUUUCCUUUGUAAAUUAUUCAUUACUUUUUUUAGUCUGACGUCGUCGAAAAGGCCUUAGUGAAGUCGAUGGCAAUCUAAGAUGGUGUAGACCUUUAAUAUACCUUUUUUUGAAAAUAUACCUUGGCGAAUUCAUUUUCUAUGCUGAUUCAGAAAACAUGUUCAAUGAUUUACUUUUCUAGAGCGUUAUCCGUUUCAUGAAGUGACUUGAUAUGUAUUAUUUUUUGAUUGAAGCUGUUUAGAUUUGAAGCUUUAUGCAAGAUUAUCUGGUUCUAACCCUAUUCUAUACUAUUCGCUUCAUUUUUUUAUGAUAGAAAGAUAGUUUUGAGUGGUCAUAUAGAGAAAGGGUCUCCUAAAAAUAUUCUGGUACCUUUGAAGUGAUUUUUUUUGCUUUUAGAAAGCCGUUUUUCUGCUGGAAAGAUCAACAAAAUCCGAAAAGAUCACAACAAGCUUUUCGAGUCAGAACGUGUGAUCAGAGGGAGAAAGAUCUCGUUGAGGCUCUUCUGAGCCUCUCGGAACCUCCAAAAUCUCAAGGGCGUUCUUCGCGACUCUUCGUUCUUUCUCUGUUAUCAUAUCAAUCGUUCAGCGAUUUCCGAAAAGGGGCAAGAAUCCACAAAUUUCGUCUAUAAAAAGAUGAUGAGAAAAGAUAGAAUUUUCGAAAACUUUUGGAUGAUCAACACCAGGAAGUUCAGUUUAUUUCGCUUUAGAUUUAUUCAUACUCUUUUUUUUGAGCAUUUUAACGCAUUUGGGUUUUUUUUGCCAGUCAUUCCUUGAAAAAAAUUAAGAAAAACUUGAAACAGUGUAGAUAUGACUAGGGAAUCAUUUUCUUGAAGCUUAACAGUUAGCAAAAUUUGUUUGAUGUUUUUGAUCGAAAGCCUUAACUUGCUCAAAUGCCUAUUUUAUGCAAAAUUAAGUUUCCAAACUCCAUUUCCUUAUAAAUUUAAGCAACGUAAAUGUGUAAGCUUCUGAAUAAACGUUUAUAUUCUCAUUCUGAAUAAUGUAAUAGCCUUUCUCCCAAAAAGUUAGGUAAAGAUAGACGCGGUUUGAUGGGAAAUUAUUAAUAGGGAUGUGUUUGAAGUGAACAUUCAAGAUUUGGUUCAAACUUCUGUGGUGGGUAGGUAAUAGAAUAAGAAAAGAAUUAUUGGCUAAGCGCCAUAGGGUACUGAGAAUAAGCUCAUUUUCUUCGGAUUUUCGUUUUUUAAACAACUUAUGUAGUUUAGUAUAUCAUAAGAAACACGAGAAUGAAAAUUUUUGCUUCAAAAACUCAAAGAGAAUUAGUUUUUGAGCUCGUCCUGUACAUUUUCGACACUACAGAAAACUCCCUUGUGAGAUGUUUUCCAGAGAGCCCAGCUAAAGAAGAAACUCGAGUUUCAGUCGCUAUGUUAUGGCAGGCCACAGACAAUGAUCCUGCUGUGCAAAGCAAUUUACUGCAGAAAAACGCUCAUUUUAAAACAAUGAGACUUUUUUUCAUUGGCUGUUCAAAGACUGUUCAAUUCAUUGGCUGCUCAAAAGAUCAUCUCAACCAAAUUUCAAGAAGUUCUCAAGCCCGAAUAAUAAUAGUUUAUUGACAGAUCAGCGUGAACCCUAACGAGUUCACUUGGAUCUAGAAUUUGAGAAAAUACAUUAUACAGUUAUACAUCAUUAAAUUUUUUCCGCACUGAAGAAUGUUUUCGAAAAACUAUUAACGAUAUAUCAAAGCUAUCUAUUUUUGAAAAUAAGAAAUGAUCCUUGCAUUUUGAUAAGAAAAAAUGAAGAUCCUUUGAGUUUCACAAAUUUUUUCUACUUUUCGGCGUACCGACGAAUGUUCUAAACCACAUAGAUAGCUAUUUAUGAGAACAGACGGUUUUCUAGUUUCUUGUAGUUUGUAAGCUGAGCAAACUUGAGGAAUUUGCUCUCCAAAAUGGCGGCCGGGGCAGGUAACGACUCCAUCGAAGAUUAUUUUGAUAAUUUCAAAAAUUUCCGAUUUCCGAGUUGAAUGACUCAGUCCUUGAGAAAAUUCACUCAAAAACGAUUUUUUUUUUCUUAAUUGUAUGUAUUUUUUUGUUCCAGGAAACGUCUACUCCGGGCAAUACGCGCCGCCAGCGACGCCGACAGCUCAGGCAUACGGUGAGAACUGUUCGGAGGCCGCUGGAGCAUGUUUGCUCAUGUCACCCACCCCGUCAGCCAGCGUUAUUUGAGCACGAAACAGCGUUUUUGUUCGCGACACAUUGUUUCUGAGCUUGCAAUUUUCUUUUUUUUGGUGCUCUCAAAUGGGUAAUUUGUGUCAAGUUGAAUUUUCACUCGAGUGUAGAAGCAUAGAAAUAUGGAAAAAAGCUCAUGAAGAACGAGAGAAAAUUUUCUUUAUCGAAUAUUUUGGAUUAAUUUCCAUCGGCUCUAAUGUAAAUUACUGAGAAAAUUUUUAGUGUCCUCUAUAGAAUUUUAAGUUUUAGCGACCGCUAUAGUAGUCGAAUUAGUGGCCACUAUAGAGGUCUAAGUGCUACUACUAGACCACUAAAAACUUUAAAGGUCACUUUAGGGGUCAAUGGAUCAAAAUAACUGGUCCAAUCUGUUUUUUUUUAAAUGCAAGGAAUACUGGAUGAAAAACUACUGAAGUGGGCACUAAAAUUUUUCCCAGUACGUGUGAUUUAUCAAAAAAAAAAACAGUCUGUUUCCAUAGUUGGAACUCAAGAAUCAUGCUACUAAUCGUUUUUUCAGAUCAACUGCCCCUGUCCUUCCAAUCGUCGGCUUCAUCUCAGCUGCCAACUUCUUUCUCGUUCUCUCCGACGCGAGAUGCUCAAACCCAACAGUACACGUUCAGCUCGUACAACUCCCAGCCCGGAGUCCAGUAUGGAUCUCAAGAGUUCUAUCCCAACCAGGCGGCGGCCAACGCGGCUGCUUCUGUCUACGCCUCGAACGCGGCUCAGUUCGCACAGCAGUUCACAGCUCAGCAGAGCGCCACGUCUCCGGUGAACGCUCAGCUUGACCAAGCGAAUCUGGCCAAAUAUACACAGUAUCUGGACAUUCUACAGAAAGCUUAUGGCAUACAGCUGCCAGGAGAACUGAACAACAUGGCGCAGCAGCAGCCUCAGCCAGCCUACCAGCAGACUGCCUAUCCAUCCGCCACUGCUACUUCCUACCAGUCCGGAGCUAGUAGCCCUUACGGAUCGGGCGGCGCUGUCUAUGGCUCUCAGCAGCCUUCCUACCCUUCUCAGCCAUCUAGUCCAACCUACGAGAAUGAGGGAGUUCCACGACAACCCGCUUAUCCGCAGCCAAGUGCUCAAACAUACGGAAACCCUGCGACGGCCGCAUCUGGUAACUACUAUGGACAGCAGGUAGCUAAUGUGGAAAGCCGCCCCUACUCGGGACAGCCGGCUUUCCCGUCAGCUCCGCAGCAGACUAUCUCAUCGUACGAAAACACGCAACCGACACAGCUCCCUCAGUCUCAAGUUCAACCUCAACCUCAGCCACAACCUCAAGUGCAAUCUCAUUCUGUGCAAAGCUACCAACAACAACAGCAACAACAACAACUGCAGCAACAGCUGCAGCAGCAGCAGCAGCAGCAGUACUCUCUACCCCAAUCCUAUUCUUCUCAAGCCUAUGCCAACGUCCAGCCACAAUCACCGCAGCCAACGUUACCACCUCCGCCGCCGCCGCCGCCGCAGACACCACCGACGCAGGCUCCGCCAGUUCAGCUUCCAGUGCAGCCGAUUCAGACCGCCGCACCCAGGUCAAACUACCAAACGGCGGCUCUUGGACAGUCAUACGCGAUCAGUCCUGCCAACACCCAGCCGAAGCCUCAGGUAACCACAGUUGAAACUUGACUAAAGCGUCUCACGAACUCAUAGGUCUACACCUACACCGGACCAGGACAGCCGCAACAGCAACCCUAUCAGCCUCCGCAGCAGAGUGUGACGCCGACGCACUCGACUUACGAAGUCGCCUACGAAAAAAGCCGACCAGUUGAUAACAGUAUCGUGGAGACCGAUUCUGGAAGCGUUGUUUCUGGAAUACCUUUGGUGGGUCUUUUUUUGGCACACGACAUAUUUCUUCCUAAGUUUCUCAUCAAUCGCAGAUAAAUUUACCAAAUAGAGAACAUUUUCUAUGUUUUUAUGAAUCGGAGUUGGACUGAAUCGUUCACAAGAAGAAAUUUUCACACAGAUUUUAUUAGGGUCACACGUAUAGAAGACAGAUUUUUUUGAGACAUUAUGGAAAUAUCUCAAGAAAAGAAAAUUUUUUUAACUCAAAAAAAAAUUAUGGGAACUUUUUCAAAUUGACAAAGUUUCCAAAAAAUCUGGAAAAACUCGUUUUUCUUAUUAGAAAAAAACCUAAGAAGAACUGUUGAGUGAAAAAAAGAGAAAUAUUUAAAAUCAGAUGAAGUUUAGAGAAGUCAGAACUUUUUCCAAAAAACCAGUUUUUCACCAUAAAAUUUUGAAAAUUCGCCACGUCCAAAAAUUUUUUUCUCGGAAUCAGUAUAGCUGACUCACGGCCAGCUUGAACCAUCAAAAAAAGGGUCCUGGCACAAUAAUAAAAGAGAUAGUGCCUGGUUGGUAGAGAGCGUAGACACGCCCCUCAGCGUCUUAAGUUAGCCGUGAAUCGACUAUAAACUCGCCAUGGAUUUCACACUAGAAACUUUUUUUUUUGCAGGAACUGGCACCCUACGAACGACCGCGGCCAACACACGUUGUGCCACCGCGACCCCCAACGACGCAGUUGCCGAGGACGACGACUCCGAGACCGACGCUGCCGCCCAGAACGACGACUCCUUCGCGGCCGCCAACUCGUCCACCAACAGUCGCCCCUUCGCGACCCGUCUCUUCAGGAACGACACGACCAUCCGAAACCAACACUGCUGCCACCACCAUUCAAGCUCUCACUCAGCAGGUUUCCUUUCCGUGUCGGGGUUGAGAUGAGGGAGGUUCACUUUGAGAUUCGGAAACUGCCAGCCGUGCUCUACAUAGACUCAAGGAGCGAAAAUGCGAAGAAGACCGAGACGCUGCUACGGGACACUUACGGACUCCCUCUAGUCUCGUUCUACGUCGACAAGGUCUGCUGGAGGUUAAAAAGGAGCUCAAGUUCUGCAGAUUGACCGACCGACCGUCGUCCAGAAGCAUCUCCAACAGCUCACCGCUCACAAAGGACUACCGUAUCUCUUCAUUUGCGGCACUUUCAUCGGAAGUCAGUAUCGAAAGCGCAUUUAGUGUUUUUUCUUCUACUUUUUAUAUUCUUUCCUUGUUCAGUUCGGCUAAAAAAUUAUUUUUCACAAGUUUUCCAUAUAUACCUUUUCCACUCAGGGAUGAAAAUGAUUUCUUUUUAAAUUAUUUGUAAACGCUAAAAAAAGAGGGUCUUUGAGAGAAAAAAGCUAAUUUUCCACGUUUUUCAGGUGAGCAACAUAUCGAGAACUAUCACAGCAAUGGUCAGAUCCCACAGCUCGUAGAGUACGUGUGCGGCGACGAGAAAAAGAAGAAGAAGACCAAAAAGACGUCUUCGUCUUGA